GUUUUUUUCCAUUCAUUUCUUCAACGGCAUUUGUUUGAUUCAAGUCUAUAUUCACACUAUAUACGGCCGGUCGAAUAUUAUUCAAUUCAAAUUGAAUCAAUUUGUGUAUUGAAAAUUUUAGACGAAAUUUUUUUUUCUGAAUUUUUGAUUUGAUCCGAUGCCAAAAUUCAUCAUCAUCAUCGAUAAAUUGAUUUGGCCAUGAAUAUUAAAGAUUGUGUGUUCUGGUUUGUGUGAUGGUGGUCUAUUUUUUUUUUCUUCUUCAUCAUUCAUGAUUCUCUACCUUUUUGUUUGUUGGUUCAAAUCAAUCAAUAAUUCAUUCCAGCACAUGAGAACGAGAACAAAAAAAAAUUAAUCUGGCCACACCAACAUUCCAAUAAAUAAUCUGUGAAAUUUUUGCCAAUUUCAAUAAAAAUUGAUUGUUUAUCAUAGAAAAUGAUAAUAACAGCAAUGAUGAUGAUGAAUGUAUCGAAUUUAAAUCAAAAUCUAUUGCUAUUUCAACAGCCACAGUCACAACAACCACAACAAUCGGCUGAAAAUGAACCAGACACAAUGAUUCGAUUUGAUAAUGCUAAUAAUAAUCAUGUAACAAUGAUCAAUUACAAUGAUCAUCAUAAUCAUCAUUAUCAUAAUUAUCCACAUCCACAUGCAUUACAAUCAAUGUCACCAUCAACAUUCAUGUCAUCGACAAUCAUAUUAACAAUUGUAACAAUAUUGGCAACACCGAGUAAUAUUCUUGUCAUAUGGGUUGUAUUGAAAACACCUACAUUACGAAUGAAAGCCGUAAACAUGUUGAUCGUGAAUCUAUGUUUAUUAGAUUUGAUUGCAUCGUUAUUAGAUCUACCACUCAUAUGGGUCAUCUUACAAUUUAACUACAAUCAUGUACGAUUCGAUCGUAUCAUAUGUAAUUUCCAAUUAUUCAUACAUCAUCUUACAAUAUCUGGUCAAUUAUUGUCAUUCGCAUCGGUUGGCUAUGAACGUUAUCAUACGGUAUCGAAUCCAUUCGAUAAGGAAAAAGUACGAAAAAUUACACAUUUUUUAGUCAUCAAUAUAUGGUUAUCAGCCAUAUUGAUACCGGCAUUAGAAUUACAAUUCACAUUGGAUACAAUUGAUUAUGCAUUCUGUACCCAAUCGAUACGUGGUACUGGUCAUCUUGGCAUACUAUUCAUAAUGUUACCAUUUGGUUUUGUUUGUUUUCUAUUUGUUGCAUAUUUUUAUGCACGUAUCGUUUGGCUAGUACGUAAACAUUGUAAAAAUGUUAAUACUACAUGCCGUAAAUAUGUUGGUGUUACAACAUUUGGUAACGGUACAGACAUAUCAAAUGUAUCGGAACUGCCGUCCAUAUAUGGCGAGGUAUGUGUUCUAGAUUCAAGAAAUCGUUCACUUGGCCGAAGAAAAAUUGAAGCCGAAACAGCAAAACGUUCGUUUUUUGUUAUCGUAUCAUUUGUUGCAUUCACAUUGCCUUAUCCAUUGAUGAUAAUCAUCGAAAGAAUAUUGAAUCAUACAAAUCAUCAACCACAACCGGAUCAAAAAUCAUUCUGGUUUGAAUGGGAAUAUUGUCUAAAUCUAAUGUCAUUAUUAUCGUCUGCAUUCAAUCCAAUCAUUUAUGGUUUAGCUAACCGGCAAUUUCGUAGUGCAUUCAAUAAAAUUUGUCAUCGUUAUUAUCGUCGUUAUAAAUCACGUGAUUAUAUCUAAAGACAAACACAUCUGAUUGCUGUACCUGUGAAUUUUGUUUCGUUAUCUUAUAUAUAGGUUUAUUUUUCAAAAAAAAGAACACACAAAAUCAUCAUUUGUUGUC